UGGGAGCUCAGUCACCAACCACUUUGCAUUUCCAUCAGAUCUUGAAUCUACACAUUAUCAUCAUUGAUUCAUUUCCAAAAAAUCAAGUCUUUCAUUUUCAUAAUUUCAUUAUCAUUAUUAUCAUAAAUUAUCAUAAAUUCAAUUCAAUACACCCUCAUAUUCACAUUUUUAUACUAUAUAAUUCUCAUACAUUAUCAUCAUUCACCACCCUCCACUCACUCACACACACUCCAAUGGAAUCAUAACAAAAAACAGAGUAUCUCAUUUCUCAUUUCUUCACAUUACUAUCUCCCCUGUUUUCUCAGUCUCUGUGACAUUUCAUCAAACAUGGAGCGCGCACGGAGACUCGCCAACCGCGCCAUUCUCAAGCGUUUGGUUUCCGAAGCGAAGCACAACCGAAAGCAUGAACCGGUGUGGAACUCCGCCGCCGCCUCCACCACCACCGUGCCGUUUUACUCCGCUUCUUCCUCCCGGUACGUGUCCUCUGUUUCUCACUCUGUUCUCAGAAACAGAGGAUCCAAAUCAGCCACCAACAUUCCACGCGCCGCCGCGGGUUUAUCCCAGACCCGAUCGAUCUCCGUGGAGGCGCUUCAACCCAGCGACACGUUCCCGAGACGGCACAACUCCGCUACACCAGAAGAACAAGCCAAGAUGUCACUGGCUUGUGGCUUCGACAACGUUGAUUCCCUCGUAGACGCUACUGUACCGAAAUCGAUUCGGUUGAAGGAGAUGAAGUUCAACAAGUUCGAUGGAGGAUUAACAGAAGGGCAAAUGAUCGAGCACAUGAAGGAGUUAGCAUCGAAGAACAAGGUUUUCAAGUCGUUCAUUGGAAUGGGGUACUACAACACCCAUGUUCCUCCUGUGAUCUUGAGGAACAUCAUGGAGAAUCCAGCUUGGUACACACAGUACACUCCUUACCAGGCUGAGAUUUCUCAGGGGAGGCUUGAAUCGUUGUUGAAUUAUCAGACCAUGAUUACGGAUCUCACUGGUUUGCCUAUGUCCAAUGCUUCAUUGCUUGAUGAAGGUACUGCUGCAGCUGAAGCAAUGUCUAUGUGCAACAACAUUCAGAAGGGGAAGAAGAAGACAUUCAUCAUUGCAAGUAACUGCCACCCACAAACCAUUGAUAUUUGCAAGACCAGAGCUGAUGGUUUUGAACUCAAGGUUGUGGUGGCUGAUCUUAAGGACAUUGAUUACAAAUCUGGUGAUGUUUGUGGUGUUCUUGUUCAGUAUCCUGGUACUGAGGGUGAGGUUUUGGAUUAUGGGGAGUUUAUUAAGAAAGCUCAUGCUCAUGAGGUGAAGGUUGUUAUGGCUUCUGAUCUUUUGGCAUUGACUGCGUUGAAGCCUCCCGGUGAGUUCGGGGCAGAUAUUGUCGUUGGCUCGGCUCAGAGGUUCGGGGUUCCAAUGGGUUAUGGUGGUCCUCAUGCUGCUUUUCUGGCCACAUCACAGGAGUACAAGAGGAUGAUGCCUGGGAGAAUCAUUGGUGUUAGUGUUGAUUCUUCAGGAAAGAGUGCUUUGAGAAUGGCAAUGCAAACUAGGGAGCAGCAUAUCCGUAGGGACAAGGCUACCAGCAACAUUUGCACUGCUCAGGCACUGCUUGCAAACAUGGCUGCCAUGUAUGCUGUAUAUCAUGGACCUGAAGGCCUUAAAGCCAUUAGCCAACGUGUUCAUGGUCUUGCUGGGGCAUUUGCUCUGGGGUUAAAGAAACUUGGAACUGUGGAAGUUCAGGAUCUUCCCUUCUUUGACACUGUGAAGGUUAAGACUUCCAAUGCACAUGCAAUUGCUGAUGCUGCUCUCAAAAGUGAAAUAAACUUGCGAGUUGUAGAUGGAAACACUAUUACUGUUGCUUUUGAUGAAACAAUCACAUUAGAGGAUGUUGACAAGCUUUUCCAAGUGUUUGCUGGUGGCAAGCCUGUCUCCUUCACAGCUGCAUCACUUGCGCCAGAAGUCCAGAGUCCAAUUCCUUCUGGACUAGCUAGGGAGAGCCCUUUUCUGACACACCCUAUCUUUAACACGUACCAAACUGAGCAUGAGUUGCUCAGAUACAUUCAUAGGCUGCAAUCGAAGGAUCUAUCACUAUGCCACAGUAUGAUCCCACUGGGAUCUUGUACAAUGAAGCUGAAUGCAACAACUGAAAUGAUGCCUGUGACAUGGCCCAGCUUCACUGAUAUUCACCCUUUUGCACCAGUUGAACAGGCUCAAGGUUAUCAGGAAAUGUUCAACAAUUUGGGUGAUCUGUUGUGUACCAUCACUGGGUUUGACUCUUUCUCCUUGCAACCGAAUGCUGGUGCUGCUGGAGAAUAUGCUGGACUGAUGGUUAUUCGCGCAUAUCAUUUGUCAAGAGGAGAUCACCACCGCAAUGUUUGCAUUAUACCUGUCUCAGCACAUGGUACCAAUCCUGCUAGUGCUGCUAUGUGUGGAAUGAAAAUUGUCACAAUCGGAACCGAUGCCAAAGGAAACAUUAACAUUGAUGAGUUGAGGAAGGCUGCUGAAAAAAAUAAGGACAACUUAUCUGCACUUAUGGUGACAUAUCCUUCCACCCAUGGUGUUUAUGAAGAAGGUAUUGAUGAGAUUUGCAAGAUCAUUCAUGAUAAUGGAGGCCAAGUGUAUAUGGAUGGUGCCAACAUGAAUGCACAGGUGGGACUUACAAGCCCAGGUUGGAUUGGAGCAGAUGUUUGUCAUCUCAAUCUCCACAAGACAUUUUGCAUUCCUCAUGGAGGAGGUGGCCCUGGCAUGGGUCCUAUUGGUGUAAAGCAACACUUGGCACCAUUUUUACCUUCACACCCAGUGAUACCCACUGGUGGAAUUCCUGCCCCUGACAACUCUCAACCACUUGGUACCAUCUCUGCUGCACCUUGGGGUUCAGCACUCAUCUUGCCAAUCUCUUACACUUACAUUGCCAUGAUGGGUUCUCAAGGACUCACAGAUGCAUCAAAGAUAGCCAUUUUAAAUGCAAACUACAUGGCCAAACGAUUGGAGAACUAUUACCCUGUUCUUUUCCGUGGAGUCAAUGGAACAGUUGCUCAUGAAUUCAUUAUUGACUUGAGAGGCUUUAAGAAUACUGCUGGAAUUGAGCCCGAAGAUGUCGCGAAACGCCUCAUGGAUUACGGGUUCCAUGGACCAACAAUGUCAUGGCCUGUGCCUGGCACACUCAUGAUUGAGCCCACUGAAAGUGAAAGCAAGGCUGAGUUAGACAGGUUUUGUGAUGCUCUUAUUUCCAUAAGACAAGAAAUUGCUGAGAUUGAGAAAGGAAAGGCUGACAUUAACAACAAUGUACUCAAGGGAGCUCCUCAUCCACCAUCAUUGCUCAUGGCAGAUGCAUGGACAAAACCAUACUCCAGGGAGUGCGCAGCCUUCCCAGCUUCAUGGCUCAGGGUUGCCAAGUUCUGGCCUACCACAGGACGUGUUGACAACGUGUAUGGUGACCGCAACCUCAUCUGCACCCUUCUCCCAGCAUCACAGGCUGUUGAAGAACAAGCUGCUGCAACAGCUUAGUGUUCCAGUGACUACUAUUUUCAUUUCCAGUUGUACAUAAACUAUUCCUGUUCAUACAGUAUAUUUGCUUCCUAAUAUGAUAACGAUGAUAAUCACUGCUCUUUAAGUUUCUUA